GAUGUAGCUUAAAACGCAUCUCAGAUUUUAAAAGCGUACACAUACACAAUAGCAGUUUACCGUGAUUUCUUGCGAACUUUUUUAAUUCUUAUCAAAGGUGUUAAUGAAUUUUGAAUAAAAUAAAAUUAAUUAAUCAAAAAUGGAGUUUAGUGCAUGGCUUUUGUGCUUAUUAAUUCUUCCUGCGAUCUUGACUUUGACUGCAUCUAUUUCACAAAAUGAUGAAAUAGCUAAGAUUGACGAGGGUCCAGCCGCUAUACGUAAUACUCGACAAAUUUUUGGAUUGGGAUUUUACGGGCGCCCCUAUUAUUACGGUGGUUAUUACGGCCGACCAUACGGUGGUUAUUAUGGUAGACCGUGGGGUUUUUACGGCCGUCCUUCUUAUGGAUUCUACGGUCAUCCGUAUUACGGUGGCUUUGGUGUUGGUUUUAGAGGAUAAUAUGGUUAAGCAAUAAUGUGUUGUUUUUUGUUUUUUUUUUUUAUUUUUUUUCGCUUUUAUAUAUAUAUAUAUGUAUACACAAGAAAAUUGUGUAAUUGUGGGUUUUAUCGACUCACCUCUAACUAUGAUAAUUACUAAAAUAAACACAAAAAUUUUGCAAUGUUUUGUUAUAGAAUUAAAAUUUAAAAUGUUAAAAUAAAUAAGUACAAUGUGUGUAAUUCUUCAGUAAACAGUGAAUUGUAAUAAAACAAAUAAACAAAAAAAAAAAA